AGCCUGUCGGAAUUGAGCUUAAGUGCUCCAAGGAUACAUUUCCGGUUUUCCCCGUGAUCUGCGAGUGUGAGCAGUUAGCGGGUUGUUCAAAUGAACGCUUUAGCGCUUCAGAAACAAGUUUCAAGCAUUAAGCUGCUCCAUCUGCCAGUUCGAAGUUAUUCUUCUUCGAAGUUCAGAAACAGCUUCUCGGCUCGCUCUAACUAAGAUGUUUUCAAAUGGAUUCUGGGCAGCAUUCAGGCAUUCGGGAACAAGUCAGGUGUCUGUAGGCUGUGGGCCUGCUGACAGUAACAAUGAUGAGUAUGGUGGAAUGGAAACGGUGCCCUUUUCAUCGCCAAGGCUUACUCACUGGUUGCAGCAGAGCAUCACAGAAACUGUUGCAGAAGAGCAGAAACUGGAAGAAGAUUUCGCACUGUGCAGAAAGCUGCUUGGGCCGUGGAAAUUAAAGUUUCCAGAAAAUCCACCAGAAGAUCCUUCUGGUAGUAUUGCACAAGGUGGUGGUCCAGCACCCUGUGAACUUCAGGAGCUAGAGAUUUUGAACAAAGCUUUGGAAAAAGCUUUAAAAGUCAGGAGUGCAGCCCAAGGGAACAAGGAUGAUGUGCUGCAGAAGAAAAUUAAGGGCACAGCUGAUAGUACAGAGCCAUGUUCCAGUUCUUCCCAUUGUGUACCUACUUGUCAUAAGAUUGUAAAAUCUAUUACAGAACCACCACUAUCCAGAGAAAGGCAAAGGAAACUGGUAGCAAGUAAAUGUGACACUCUUAAAAAGCAGCCUCAAUCCUUGCUAAAUCCUCCAUAUAGAACUGACCCUGUUGCUAGAAAAAUUAAUUGUACAGCAACUGUCAGCUGGUCAGCAAACGGCACACGAGGAGCUGAGAAAAGUAAUGCAAUGGUUGGUGUGUCACAUCAUCCUAGAAUUUCAGUUUCUGCAAGCAGGUCUGUACUGAAACCUCAGCAGAGAUCUAGGACAGGUAAACAGACGGAUGUCACACAGCCAGUGCCUCCAGGCCCUUCUGUGCUGUUGUUGUCAUCAGAAGGAGCAGAGGAUCAGACUGAACAUUUCUGUAGUGAGCAACAGUGUUCUUAUAGCUGCUUCUCUCUUAACUGCAAGCAAGCCAAUCUUGUGAAAAAUGGAGAUGCAGUACAUGAUAGUGGCAAACCUGAGAAGCAGUCCAGCAUUUUCACACUUCAGGAAGAUGGCACAUCACUAAGACUUCCUCCAGCUUACAGAAGAGAAUAUAUUAAAAAUAUGAGUUUGUGGGAAAAGGUACAGCUUUGCCAGAAGAAUGCUGCUUCAGAGGCUCUUUGCUUUAUAGAAAGACUUCAGUCAACUUUCCAGCCAGGCCUCCCAGCACACAGCCCUAUGGAAGCAGAAAUGCAGAUUGACCAGAUUCAUUCUCUUUACUCAUCUGUGAAACAGAGUUUGGGAAAGAUCUCCUUGUCUUAUGCAGAUUCAUUGCCUUGGGAUAAGGAAUAUGAGAGAGUUUUAAUACUAGAGAACUACUAUUCCUUUGUGUCGUAUCUCCUCCAGCAACUUCAUAAACUCAAAAAUGUUGCUGACUUCUCUGUAAAAGUGUGUCCCAGUGACUCCAUUAGGAAAGUUUCGCAGAAAUGCAGAAAACACAAUGGACUUGUUCCAGAACUACUGCUGUACUCUACUUCUCAGGAGCUACGAGAGAUUGCUGCAUUGAAUCAAAAUAUUCAGAUUCUGGAGCAGAAGGUUGAGUUGCAGAAGGCCUUGACUGACGAACUGCUCCCGUAUUUUCAAACUGGCUUACCACAUGUGACAGAUUUGCCUGUUUUUUAUCGGGCCAUUUAUUCUCUGCUUUGUGAAAGAGGAAGACACUUUCCUGUCUUGAUCAUUGAUGACAUUCCAGAAUGAGCUACUUAUGAUGAAGGACAUUUUUUUUUACUUCACAGUAACUUCUGCACAGAGAACUAAAAACAUGUAUAGCAGAUGGUCAGUUGAAUUACAAAAAUGUAACUGAUUCCAUGGGAGAAACAUGAAAUGCAGCACAA